GCAUUGCAUUUGACUCAAAACAUGGGUAUCUAUUCUUGGCAGAAAGUACAGAACGUUUCUUAUGGUUAUGGAACAUGACUGCAAAUAAACAUCAUAUUUUUUCAGUUUCACUUCAGUCAAUAGCACUUGAUCUAACGCUUGACAUGGCUAAAGAGAAGAUUUAUUGGCGAGUUUCAAACGGAAAUGUUUUUUCUUGUGAUUACUACUCCCAAAAUGUAAUUGAUUUUGGAACUUCAGGAGGUCCCAUGGCAGUAUUUGGGGAUUUCAUUUAUAUCGUGACUAGUGUUGGACAAAGUGUCGUUAGUGUCCAUAACACAACAGAUCAACGCACGAGACGAAAAUUUUUUCUUCCUGUAAUCAACGGUUAUCUUGAUUUGGCUGUAGCUAUAAACAGUAUCACUCCUGACUCAAACGCAACAAGCACUUUUCACUUUCCUUUGUGUGGACCCAACACAUACUAUCGUAAAAUUAAUGGAACAUUGAACUGCACGUGUAUGGAAGGAUACUUUGGAGAAUGUAACUCGUGCCACGCAAGCUGUCCUUCUGAUUGGUUGCAAAUAGAAUCAUCUUGUUAUUUCUUCAGUACAAAAGUAACAACAUGGAGAAAAGCAAGAAAACUUUGUCAACAGAUGGGAGGAGAUCUUGCUGUUCCAAAAAAUAAUGCUGAGAAUAAUGCCAUUUACAGAAUCAUGUUGAGAAAAGGCAAUAAACGUCAUUUUAUUGGUUUGUAUCGCAAGAAAAGCGACAAACAGUUCUACACAGUUCAAAAUGGCAAGGCCAGUUUCACAUCAUGGCGUUAUGGAGAACCUAAUAAUCUUGGUCAUGUAGAGAACUGCGUUAUUUAUUAUUACAACAGUUGGCAGGACAUAAGAUGUGGGCAUCACUAUAACUUCAUUUGUCAACGUGAGAGAGGUUUGACCGAGUAA